GCUCCCGGCUCGCUGCUGGUGCUGCUGCUCCUGCGGCGGCCGCCGCCGUUCGGGCGCGUGCGAGCGGCCGAGCUGGCCCCGGCGGUUGCUAUGGAGAGCGGGGGAGAGGGGGGCGCGUGACCGCGGCCCCUCCCUUCUCCCUCCCGGCCUCGCCCAACGAAACAACAGAAAAGACAAAGGGUCCAGAGCUGGAUGAUGAAAAAUCUCCUGGUUUCUUUGCUCGUCUUGAGAGUGGAUCCUUCUUCUGCAUAGUUCCAAAUUCAUGAAACUUGCCAUCAUCAAAGAUAACUAAUUAAAACAACAUCAGUGGAACUUGUGGAUAGUGUUAAACAGAGAAGCUGUGAACAUCAGUGAGGAUUAAACUAUCAAAAUCCCUAAAAACAGAGGAUCAUCUUUUCUUCUCGGAUGGACUGAUUAUUACUUGUUUGUGUUCAAUGGGACUUCGAAUUCACUUUGUGGUUGACCCUCAGGGUUGGUGCUGCAUAGGCCUGAUUAUCUUUGUCUGGCUGUACAAUACAAUCUUCAUUCCAAAAGUCAUCCUUUUUCCUCACUAUGAAGAGGGACAUAUUUCAGCUGUGGCAAUUUUGUGUUAUUACCUCUGCGCAUUGUUUUGUAUAGCUUCUUUACUAAGAGCCUCAGUAGCUGAUCCAGGAAAGCUACCUGAAAACCCAAAGAUUCCAAUUGCAGAACGAGAAUUUUGGGAAUUAUGUAACAAAUGCAAUAUGAUGAGACCAAAGCGUUCACACCAUUGUAGUCGUUGUGGACAUUGUGUGAGGAGGAUGGAUCACCACUGUCCGUGGAUUAAUAAUUGUGUUGGUGAAGACAAUCAUUGGCUGUUUUUACAGCUGUGUUUCUACACUCAAAUUCUUAGUUCGUAUACGUUGAUACUCAAUUUCUGCCAUUACUACUACUUUUUGCCUCUGAAAAAAGAUAACUGGGAUGUUUUUGUGUUUAGACAUGAACUUGCUCUUCUAAGAAUAUCUGCCUUCAUGGGUAUAAUAAUAUUAGGUGGAAUAAGUGGACUCUUUUACACUCAGCUAAUUGGUAUUUUCACUGACACUACAAGCAUAGAAAAAAUGUCAAACUGUUGUGAAGAUAUAUCGAGGCCCCGAAAGCCAUGGCAGCAGACCUUCUCAGAAGUUUUUGGCACUCGCUGGAAGAUCCUGUGGUUUAUUCCUUUCAGACAGAGGCAACCACUGCGAGUUCCCUACCACUUUGCCAAUCACGUCUAAACAGAUGGAUGGGGGGCGCAGAUGGGUCCUCCAUGCUGGAAGUGCGUUACAGGUUUUAUGAUAAUAGGACUACGACAGUCUUCAAGUCAAUUAAAAACUACCCACCAAUUGCAGACAUCCCAGCGUGUCCCAGGCUUUAUUUUAAUAGUGGUCUUGAUUCUGUUCUGAAAUUAAUACAUUUUGUAUGUUUACAUUUAGAGAUACUCACUUUCAAAUUAGCUUUCCAAAAGGAUUUCAUUUGUCUUUGAAAUUAAUAGUAAAAACAAAUGACUGGAAUGCAGUCUUACAAUAUUUGUUUGAUAAUAAUGACUUUUCAUUUUUUUUCCUCUGGUAGGAAACACUGAAGUUUACAUUAAUUGUUAGCUUUCCCACUAAGUGUCUUAAUUUUUUUUUGGUGUUUUAAUCUGUAGGUCUUCUAGAUAAUAUUGAGGUCUUUUUUUCUGGUACAUGUGUUUAAAAUUCUCCUAUACUGCCAUUUAUUUAUGAUGCAUGAUUUUAACCAUGCAGCACUGCACUAUGAAAGGUAGCAUUUAAAACAAGCAGACCUUUUCCUAAGCCUUUCUCAGAGAGGUUAUUAUAAAUACAUGCAUAUGUUUAUAUAGAAAGAUCUUACAUUUUACGAUCAUCCUUCUGAAUGGAUAUUGUCUCAGUGGAAAAUAAUAAUGUAUUUAUGACAGCAAAAGCUAUGAAAAGUUGCAGGGUAAAAUAUGUAGAUGCAAAGCAUGUUUUCUCUCAUACCCCGAGGAUUUCUUUGCAAUAAUUCAACAGAAAAAUUGUAUGGUACAUAUAGUAGAAUGAUUACUUUUAAAAAAUGUGUAUUUAAUUUGUCAGCAUAAUGUACCAUAAGAAAUAGUAUAUUGUUGUUAGAGGAAUAAACAUUUCACAUUUUCUCUUUAGCCACAGCUAGCUGGGAUUGAUUUAGGUGUUUGUAAAUGGGAAGUAUUUGAGAAAAUAUUUUAAAAUAUUUAUAUGGAGAUACAGAUAUUUGCUACUAAUAGGGAUAGGAUACUAUAUUGAUAUACGAUAGCUUGUUUUGGGCCCUUUAUUUAUGGAAGCAAUUAACCAAAUUGCAAAGAAAGCAUCAUUUACAUUGUGGUGAAAUGACAGUGAUUCCCAAAACUGGCUUGACUUCUCUGUAUCUGGAAAAAAAAUAUGUAAUUUAUUAUAUCCUCAUAUAUCUAUACAAAUGCAAGCAUGAGAUACUGGUGAUUUUUGAUAUUUCUGUGAAUUGUCAUGAGAAAUUCACAGCUGCAAUGCCUAUAGUGUUUGUUGUCUAGUCUAACAGGACUGGGAUCCACCUUAAAUGACAGCCAAGCAACAGGGUAAUUAAAGGCACAAAAUCAGAGUAUACAACGUAUAGUCUGAACUUGUAGAAAAUCAUAGUUAAUUUGCAAACAGUUAAUUGAAAAUGAAGGGCUAAAUUUGUCAUGAAUGCUAUUCAAAAUGAAUUUUUAGAUCUGCUUAUUUAAAAUAUUAAUAUAGUCACUGCUUAUGUUGGGUGUUCCUUUAUUGAAUUAAUGGUUGUGAUGAUUGAAAUUGCCGAAAGAUUCAUCUUAAAAUAACUUGGAUUUUAACCAUUUCUGAACGUUUAACAUUUGAACUGACUUCACUUCCCUUCUCUUUAAAAAUAAAUACAGUACUUUCUUCUUUUAAAUUUUGAGCCUCAUAUUCAACUGUUCUUUUUUCACUGCAUUUACAGAUGUGACUGUAGAAUUUAGGACAGUAGUUGGCACCAGUACAUAAACAAAGAUGAGCUUGAAGAAAGUGGAUGAAAAGGCUAGACUAGCACUUCAGAAAGAAUGUGUGUAUGUAUUAUAAAGUAAUGUCUGUAUUCACUUUUCUUUGGAAGGACUUCAAUUACUGUAGUCUCUGUAAAGCACUUAAGGGAAUAAUAGCAGUUAGUUUUGGUUUAUGUGCCAAUCUUUAAAUGAGAAAAAUUGUUUUUAUUUUUAAAAGUUUUUCAUUCUAACCAAUUUUCAUAGCAGGUCAUUACACUUUGAUGCUUGUUAAGAGAGAGUAUCAAGAAUAUAGUUAUUCUUGAUACAUUUAUGAUGGGAGCAUAUAUUUUAUUCUUUCUAUUUUCUGAUAUCACUCUCUCAAUUAACUGUACCUAGAGAUCCAAUUCUGUAAAUACAGAAUCUUCUCAAUGCUGGGAACCUCAGUGAAAAAUUAAACUUUGAUUUUGAUUGUUUUACAUGAUAUACAAUGAAGUGAUGAGACUACUAAAUGUUACCUGUUCUGUGGGGAUAACAGUUCAAAUAUGUUCCAGUAUUUUUGAAAAAGAGGAAGUAUGAAACAGAAAAAUCUGUCCUGAUAAGGCACAGGCUGGGGAUAAGCAUGCUCUGAGUGGACUACAGGGCAUGCAUUUAAACAUCUUUGCACUUUUUCUCAUGGUUUACAGUUAACGCUAAUGAAUUUUUAGGCUUGAGACAUUAGCAUGCAUUUGGUCUCUGAGGCUGAGUGGUAUUUUCAGACUGUAGUCUGACAAGGUAAUGCUGAAGUGUGAAGUAGAGCCUUUCCUCUCUUAUUCUCGAAGUGCCCUCUUUUGGCCAUAUUAAGCAACGACGUUUGACUCCUGGCCUGGAGCAGGGAUGGUGUGCAGCUGUCAUUCUUCAUUACUGCACAGUGGUUAUCUGGAGCAGUAAUUGCAUUAAUUGGGUGUGUGUCUGUGCAAGUGGGGAGAUUAACAUCGCAAGACAAGAUUGCAUCUUAAAUAGACACUGUCUUGGGCCUCCAUGAAAGCCACUCCAAAACAAUGUAGGUGAGAAAGAUAAGAUUGCAGUAGCAGUAUGAAAGAGAAUCUUUUUAAUCUUUGCAUUCAGAUGAAACAAAAGAUAAUAAGAUGGGUUUCUAGUGAUCUGAAAUUGUAAUUAACAUAAAACACCUUUUUGUAGCACAUUAUACACUGUAUUUUGACAGCUUUCCUACCACCAGGACGUCACUUGUAGCAGUCUGCUGCUGUCUCUUAUAUUUGAAGUUGCUGACACUCAGAUGUAUUGUUUAACUUUGUUAUCUCCAAUCCUUGUCUUCACUAUGGACUUAAUUUUGCUGCUUCUAAAAAUAAGAAGGUGAUGUAGCUUUAUUGGAACAACAUUAGCACAAAGGCAAAGCUCAGUACUGUUGACUGUUGACUCUUCUCAAUUUCCCAACUGGAAAUAUUAUUACAUUCCUUAAAAGUGUUUUGUUUGCUACAGUCUCGAUAUUUUUGGAUGAAAAAUGUUUCUUAAUCUACAGAUAUUCCAAUCAAUAAUACUUCCUAGUACUUCUAGUAGUAGUACGAGAAUAAAAACUAAAUGUACUUCCAUGCCUCUAAAGACUAAGAUGUGUAAAACAAUGUGGUUAUUCAUUAGUAGCACCUUGUACUUCUCAUUCAAUAGUAGUUCUACAGUUUUGAUAUGUAUGCAAGAAUAAUAAAUUAAUUUUUUUAGCACUGUGUGUUAGAAAUACAUUUUCAUUCAUAAUCUUGCAACUGGUUGAGAGUUGACUGUCAGAAUACAAAGGUGCUACUCCAUUUUUUGCAUUCCAGGAAACUACUAGAUUUUCUUCAGCAGUGAAAUCUUGAAUCUUGAAGUACAAAGACGAAGAUUUGAACAUAAUAAAGAUAACCAACUGAACAUUGACUUAUCCAGCAGUGCUAAUACGUAGAAGGAACAUUAGGAAGGUUUGUUCAUAUGUGUAUAUCACAAGCCCAGCAUAUAAACUUCUCAGGUUUUGUUCCUCUUCAAUCAGUUCGUUCCCCUCAGAGAAUGCUUUUUUUUUUUUCCUGCUUUUUAUAUAUGUUGCUUCUUGGUAUACCAAAUAGCUACUUCUGUAGCUCUCUGUUAGUUCUUAAACAUUUUGAAUCAUUUGUGGGCAUUUGGCGCAGGUUUUCAAGUCCUGGUUAGGCUUCAGCUUAGUAUGCUGCAGCUGCCAGAGGUAGGGGGCUCAUUUUACCACAUUUUGAGAUUAUCCAUCCAGGUAUCUCAGAUUUUGUGGUAUGCUAGCUAGUGUGAAGUCAUGAAGAACCUUCUCGACGUUAGAGAAGGUUCUUAUAUCUCUAGAAGCUUAAGUUGCACUUUUAAGCAGUAGACUUGCUUUAGUUUAGGUAAGUUAGUUUUCCUGUUGAAAACUAAGUCCUAGCUUGGUUCUAACAGCACUGAAUUGUUGUGUGUGAAAAACAGAAAGUUAAAUGAUUUCUCAUUUUGUUUGGACCUUUUAGAAGCAUUUGCGUGAUGUAGGAAGAAAUUAUCCUUGGGUGAAAUAUCAGAAAGCAGACCUUUUAAGGCUGAUUGUAGUCUCAUUUACCCAGUUAAAAUCACUUCUAUUCUAGUGAAUUCAGUACUACAUAAAAGUUUCUACAUUAAAUGACUUCUGUACAGUCAUCUGCCCUCAAUUUCAGCUUUUCAUAGCUUUUCAUUUCAUAGCUCUUUUCAUAGCUUCUUGCAGCACAUGGCACCAUAGACUAGUUCUUAAAGCCACAUUCAGCUUGAACAGAAUAGAUGCUCUGGUAGAGUAACUUGGGCAGGUAUGGAGAUAUAAAGUGACAAAUUCCUACUUGAUAUGCUGUUUAUAUUAGAAUAGAAAUACCAUUGUUACUACUACACAGUAUAUCAGGCAUGUCAUUUUUCUACUGUUUUACAUUAGUGAUUUUUAAGGUUAAUAGCUUUAAUAUGUAAGACUGCAUAAAAUAUACUGAGAGUUGCCUCCUGCAUUACUAAAGAUAGAAGUAACUAAUUAUUGUAUACUAACAAAUUGAUUCUAUAUCUAAAUGAGUAAAAAUAUCAGGACUCCAAAGUGGAUUGAGUCAUAAAGGUGCUACUUGAGUUUUCAUUUGGAAAGAAUCAUCACUUAUAAACACAGUGUCCCCUCAAGGUCAUACCUCCUGAAUACUUCCAAAUGUGUUGUUCUUCAAAAGAUUUUUAUGCUACUUUCUUAGGGGUAGGGUAUUUGACCAUCAAGAUUCAUUCAUAAACUUGCAUCUGUGAGCUGUGUUAAGCCUAGGACUUCUGUCUUGCCAAAACCGCUCAGUGACAUUUGAUGUCCGCUUUUUCCCAGCUGUAGUGGAAUAUGAUUAAAGUCAGCUGUUGCAGCAAGGGUCACGUAAGUCCUGAAUGUGUAGCUGUUAGAAUAAUUCAAGUUUACAUUGGAAUGCAUGUUAUUUUAGUUAGAAUUUACUAAAAUUGUAAUAUAAUUGUAAUUUCUGUGUAUGUGGGUGAAUAGGUAUUUCUGUGCACAUCCUAAAGACUGACAUUCUGUAGAUCACAGUAUAAUUUUUAGAUUGAAAAUUAUCAUUGUCUCCUUAUCAGCUUCAAUCUGAGUGCCAGAUAGUGAAAUCAUACUGAUUUCUAUAAAUUCUUACUCUGAAUUAUGUAACUCUUGUAUGGCUGUAUGAUUGACUAAUUUGCUUUUGUUUAAUCGUGAAUGUUUUCAAACAAUUCUGAAUAAUGUUUACACUAAACUUAUUGAAAUUAUGAGAUCUAAUACAAGUUGAGAAUGAGUGAUGUUUGAGGGGAAUGGCUGAAUAAUACCAGAACAGAGAAACAUACUCUGGCAUUAUUUAAUCAAAUCUAAAAGUCAAAGAGUAUGUCCAGCUGAGAAAGAAUGCUUUGUCCUAUUUCUUUUUCUUUAGUUUACUCAUAUAAUGUUUCUGGUUUUGGUUUACUGUUGAUUUAAGUUUUGGAUUAUUUUUUCAUGUACUCUAUUUUUUAGAAGUCUUUUUUUUUUUUUUAAUCUAAGUUUCUCCUCUGAAUUUCUUUAACAAUGAUUUAGUUGUUCAGAUACUUUGCUUAUAUUUUCUGAAUCUGUUUCUAAAUUUCUCCAAUUCUUUUUAAAUAGUUGUCCUUACUCAGUACUUCCUGUUUUACAAGAUGAAUCUGUAAUCCACAUGGAUGGCUUUGGGAAACCGAAGUCUGAUAAAUAGUAAAGUUCUUGUUAUCUUUGUUUCUUUUUGAGUGAACAACUAGGUGUUGGCAGAAACAUUGAAGUCCUGGUCUGGUUUUCAAUAGAAAUGUUACAGCACUUGUUACAGAAAUGACUUAAGUAAUUAAAUUACGUCAAUGCCUCUACGCUGAUGCAUUAAACCUCUGUCACUUUUAGUCUUCUGACUUGUGUGUAAUGUAAAAAAAACCAAACAAAUCUGUAAGCAGUGGUGGUGGCAACUGCAAGCACACAACAUCAAGGAAUUUCCUGGCAUAUUUAUGCGAACCCUACUUGGGUGGAAACCUGUGUUGUACGUUUUACCUAAAAGUUUUAUAAAUUACCACUUAUCAAAUUGCAAAAAUAGAGAUUUUUUAAAAAAGAA